AAGAAAUCAAAGGUAAAAUGGAUAAGAAAAACGACGAUGUUACUAAGGAAAUUCUAUAAUAAAUAAACUUAAAUAAUCAAGAUCUCAAUUCAGCCGUCAAGGAGUAAUUUGAUCAUGAUGGCGUUGAAUUCAGCAACAAUUGCAAUUAGUGUGGAGAAGUAGGAAUAAAUAAGAUGUGUAAAAUCACAAUUCCUUAUGUCAGAGAUCUUAUCAUCAUGUCAUUCACAUGUAAUGAAUGCGGAUAUAGGGAUACAGAAAUCAAAGGAGCCAAUGGUAUUACUCCAUAAGGGAAACUCUUCAGAUUGUAUGUUAAUAGCAAAUAAGAUUUGAAGAGAAAUGUAUUUAAAUCCGAAACAGCCAGUUUACAAAUACCAGAAAUUGAAUUGGAAAUGUGCACUGGUACUCUGGGAGCUGUGUUUACUACAACCUAAGGUAUCGUCUCUAAGGUGUUGGAUCAUUUGAGAGAUAAAACACCCAUCUUUAAUUGCGAUGAUCCAUAUCGUGACAGCAAAUUACAAAAGGUUUUUGAUUAAUUGCAGGCUUUUCAUGAUGGAGCUCAAAGCUUUACUCUAAUAAUUAGAGAUUUGAUUGAUAGCAGCUUUGUUUCCAACGUUGGAGAACCUGACAACGAUUAUAAUUUAUAAGUUAUUGCUUUUGAUAGAUCAGAGGAGGACAAUGAUGAAUUAGGAAUAGACACAAUGAACACUGAAAAUUACUUUUGAUUAAAUACAAUAUAUUCAUUUCCAC